GCGCCAAUUCCCCUGCCAAGCCACUGAUGCUCUGGCCAGGGAUGAUCUUUGAACGAGCGCUGGUGAAAAAAGAAGAAAAACACUCCCUGGGCAGUUAUUUAAUUCUAUUUCCCCCCUGAUAUUUAGUAUAGGAGCAACACAAAUAGCUUGUAGCUUGCACUGCUCAAGUUUGCCUCUCAACAGUACACACUGUGUCUGAACAUGUGACCCCUGUAACCUACCUACGUAUAUCCAUGGAUGGCAAAAGGAGAACAUCAACCAAAUCAUCAAUUCUCAAAAUACACACAACACAACACAACACUUCCUCCAAGCACCAUCCCCACCAGUAUUGGCACACAACCAUCACAAGCAUCAAUCCACCCUUCCUCCACAGGCGGGACAUCCAAGACGGCUGGGGAGUCUUCCCCUGCCUCCUCCCCCCAGCGCCCCCUCCCCCCCCUUCCCCAGCAUCAACACAACCAUGCCGCCUCCCCCCCCAUCCACCACCCCCAGCCCCCAAACAGACAACAUCCCCCUCAGCUAGCAUCGACACCAGCCGUGAUGGAGAUCACAUCAGCAGCAAGGUGGUGGUGGACGACGACGACGACGAAGACGACGAAGACGACGCGGCGGAGGGUAUGGCGUCUACUCAUCCUGCCGCUCGUGGUCGUUGUGUUGGUGGUGUUAACGAUUGUGCUAUCGGUGCUUGGGGCGAAGGGGAUAUUGGGCGGCAAGGGGAUAGAUGGUGAGGGAGAUGAUGGGCGGAUGAGGGUGGAGACGAGGGAUGGGUUAUCAAGGCCGUGGUAUCCAUCUCCGCGAGGUGGAACUGUCCAAAGUUGGACUGAAAGCUACGAAAAAGCCCAGGAGUUAGUGGGUAGAAUGAGUGUGGUUGAAAAAGUGAACGUCACUACUGGUGUGGGUUGGCAGAUGGGGCUCUGCGUUGGAAACACUGGGCCCGCCGUGAUUUAAUUUUUGUCGAUUUGGUUUCCUCAUAUUCGAAGCAAUCAUACCUCUCUUAAAAGGUAACAUAAAUGGUCGCAUGCUAAGUCGCUCAGGUCCGGCUAGCUCGGUGGGCUUCCCAUCGCUUUGUCUGCAAGAUGGGCCUCUAGGCAUUCGCUUUGCAGAUAACAUCUCCGCGUUUCCUGCCGGUGUUACCGUCGGUGCGACAUGGAGUCGUGACUUAAUGUACAAGAGGGGUUUUGCGCUGGGGAAAGAAGCUCGACUUAAAGGAGUCAAUAUCCUUCUUGGCCCGGCUAUGGGUCCUAUUGGUGUCUUGCCUGCGGGGGGCAGGAAUUGGGAAGGCUUUGGCUCGGAUCCUGUCCUCCAGGGCGUUGCAGCCGCAGAGACCAUCCGCGGAGUCCAGGAUAAUGGAGUAAUGGCGACCGCUAAACACUACGUGCUCAACGAGCAAGAGCAUUUCCGCCAGGAGGGUGAAUGGGGGAUACCGAUUGCGAUGUCUUCCAACAUUGAUGACCGUUCACUCCGCGAGGUGUAUGUGUGGCCAUUCGCGGAAAGUGUACGGGCGGGCGUCGCGAGUGUGAUGUGUGCGUAUCAGAUGGUCAAUAAUUCCUAUGCCUGCCAAAAUAGUUUGAUUUUGAACGGCAUCCUCAAGGAUGAGCUUGGGUUUCAAGGCUUCGUCCAGUCGGAUUGGUUGGCGCAACGGAGCGGGGUUGCCAGUGCACUUGCUGGUCUGGAUGUCUCAAUGCCUGGUGAUGGCCUGGGGUGGGCGGACGGCAUUUCCCUGUGGGGCCACCACUUGACGCAGGCUGUCUUGAAUACAUCUGUGCCAAUGGAUCGAUUGAAUGAUAUGGCGACGAGGGUAGUGGCCUCUUGGUACCAAUUGAAACAAGAUUCCUGGGCGAAACCGCCCCCGGACGGGGACGGGGGACCAAAUUUCUCGUCUUGGACGCAUGACAGAAUCGGUCGAUUGCACCAAGGCAGCCCGGAUGACGAUGCCAAAGGUGUUGUUAACCAAUACAUCAAUGUGCAAGGUGAAGGGGAUGAUGCCCAUGGCCCACUUGCGCGUGAGAUUGCAGCCGAAGGCACAAUUUUGCUCAAGAAUGAAAACGGAUUCCUACCACUUUCCAGGGACGGCCCAGGACUAUCAGAUGAGAAGUAUCGCAUCGGCAUUUAUGGAGAGGACGCCGGAGCUGGCGAAGGACCAAACGCUUGCGCGGACAGAGCGUGUAACCAGGGCACGCUGGCGUCCGGUUGGGGUAGCGGAGCUGUCGAUUUCCCCUACCUAAUAACGCCGUGGAAAGCUCUAAGCAGGGCGUUCAAUAACAAAUCCACAACGGUAUCCGGGUAUCUGACAAAUGAUCGGACUCCACCAGAGGAUAUGCGUGAUAAAGACUUGUGUCUUGUUUUCGCGAAUGCGGACUCUGGCGAAGGGUUCGCAAGUUGGAAAGACAUCCGUGGUGACAGGAAUGACCUCAUACUCCAGAAGGGCACAGACAGCCUUGUUUCUCAGGUAGCGACAGAAUGUGGUGCUGGCAAUGGCAGCACAGUUGUGGUGAUCCAUUCUGUUGGGCCUGUGAUCGUUGAGUCCUGGAUCGACCUCCCGGGAGUCAAAGCAGUGCUUCUAGCGAACUUACCUGGAGAAGAGAGCGGAAACGCGCUGGCUGAUAUUUUGUUCGGCGAUGUGGACGCCAGUGGCAGACUGCCAUACACCAUGGGCAAAAACCUUACCGAUUAUGGCCCUGAAGCUGGAAUCCUUUAUAAAUCCGAUGAUGUGAUUCCGCAAAAGGAUUUUUCCCACGGCCUAUACAUCGACUACCGCUACUUCGACGCCCAUAACCUAACGCCGCGAUAUGAGUUCGGUUACGGCCUCUCAUACACCACCUUCAACCUAUCCAACCUGAUCCUCAGACCGUUGAAAUCCAAAACUCCACUCCCGUCUCCCAGACCGAAAGAAAAUUCUCCACCAUGGUACAACACAACAAUCCCCAACGUUGAAUGCGCCUUAUUCCCAGAGAAAUUCAGGGUUCUCACCAAAUACAUCUACCCGUACUUAUCUUCUGUAGACGACAUCAAACGAGAGCCCCCAUACGAAUACCCGAAGGGAUACGACGAAGCCCAACCCCCCUCACCCGCUGGAGGAGGUGAAGGCGGCAAUCCAUCCCUCUUCGAGCCAUUUGUGACGGUCAAUGUCACUGUCAGUAAUACGGGGACUCGUGUCGGGAAGGAAGUUGUGCAGGUCUAUGUGUCGUUCCCUGAGAACGUGCUCGACGAACCUAUACUCGACAACAAUAGCAGCAGCAGCAGCAACAGCAACAACAACAACAGCAGCGACAGCAGCAGCAUCAGCAACAGCCCAAACAACAACAGCACCACGACCAACCCGAGCCACAACAGCACCAGAACCGUGGAUUUCCCGCUGCGCGUGCUCCGCAAUUUCAACAAGGUAGAGGUGCAGCCCGGGCAAAACGUAACUGUGAGCCUGCCGCUGACACGCAAGGACCUGAGUUACUGGAGUGCUGUGAAUCAGAACUGGGUGAUGCCUGUUAGCGGCAAGUUUCAAGUGUGGGUGGGGAGGAGUUCGAGGGACUUGCCGCUCAUGGCGGAAUAUUGACGACGUGGGUGGGGGGGGAAGGCGGCAAUGAAAAUGCAUGCACGGGAUGGGAAUGAAUUGAUGAAUUGAUGAAAUUAAUUAAUGAUUGAAUAUGAUGUGAUGUAUGCUAUAAGAUGAGUUAAUGUUAAUGCUGUCUGUCUGUCUGCCAGCAUGAUUAUUUGUAUUUAAUCUGGUCCAACAACAUAACAUAUGAGAUGGAACUUGACUAAUAAUAGAUAACCUGCUGGAUAGACAGGCCCAAUAUUAAAUGUGAUAAUGAGAUGAAUAAUAAUGAAUGUUAAUUAAUUAACCCUAUG